UCGGCUGCUUGCGUGUCCCCCUGUCAGUGUCAGGCCGACGCACUGAUCUGUCCCACAAGUUUUUUCCAAACCGCCAUCAUGUCUUCAUCCAUCGUUUUGCCCCCCGGUUUCGGGUAUGUAGCAGCUGGACUGGUAUCCACUGCUUGGGUUCUUGGCUGGCAGGCUAUGAUAGUCGUAGGCGGCCACAGAACAAAGUCCGGGGUGAAGUACCCUCAGAUGUAUGCCGAGAAGGCGGAAGCAGAAGCUUCUAAAGCAGCCUUACUCUUUAACUGCGCGCAGCGUGCGCACCAAAACACGCUUGAGCAUAUGCCUCUUAUCCUUGUAACGACUUUGGUGACUGCGAUGAGAUAUCCUGUUUUCGCUGGGUAUGCGUGUGGGUUAUGGGCGCUGUCCCGUGUUCUGUAUACGCUAGGGUACACGACGGGCGAUCCGGUCAAGCGGAAUACACGUGGUGGUAUACUUGGUGAACUUCCUCUUUUUGGACUUCUGUUUGGUGCUACCUAUACGGCGUAUGACCUUUUACGGUCGUCUGCUUGAUACGUUCUCGUCGUAAGGUUGGGUGUUGAUGGGAAAAUAUGCUAGAUGUAUACAUGAUCCUUGACCGGCUUGACAUGUGUAGAACGUGAAACCGGUACCAUGGCAGUACUAGUACUAGCUUGACGAUCGCGAUGGAGUAACCAAAUAUCGAAUGACAGCCUGAGCUAGUAGCCAAGAUAAGAUUACCAUCACCGCAAAACCAAGCUCCACAACCUUUUUAGACAGCUUCCACGACCCAGGCAAACUGCGAAUCCUUCGUUUCAUGGGUUUCUUCCUCUAUUAAGUACAUAACUCAGUUUAUGUAUACUCUGCAGUCCGUCUAGGUGCAGGUAUGAACGCCAAUUUCCCCACUG